AUGGCUUUAUAUCAGCGUCAAAAUAUGAUACCCCAACUAACCCCGCCAAAUAUCGCUAAUAUAUCUAAUGUACCAACGCCUUAUGUAUCACACUAUGCGCCACUGAGUAUACCUCCAUUUGGAAUGAUGAGUCCAGUAUCAUCUUCGUCAAUGGAAGAUCUUGCAUUAGGCGAAUACAGCCGUAAACGGAAGAAUGAACGUUCCAUCAGUAGUCUGCAUACGUUUUCUGAUAGUGGUACAGUUAGCAGUGUUUCGGGUACCAAACCAUCGCUAUUGAUGACACAGGCAAUGGAUUUCGAACAAAGUAUGAACCUUGCAGAUGCUUCCGUGAAUAAUUUCCAACAGGUGUUAGCUCAGGCUCGGACGGUUUCUGCAGCAGCUGCUACUAAUAAUAUGGUGAAACCUCCAGUAGAGCAGGAGAAAAAGUAUCGUAGAAGGAGCGAAAAGGAGGCUUUUGCUGCAAACGAACACGUCAUUAAAACUCACAUCCAAAAUUAUGGUGGGAAUGUAAUUGUUGACGAACCAGGGUGUUCCAAGAAUAGUCCAGUGGUGCCGCGACUGAAUGAAGUUCCGACGCCAUCAACGUCAGCGUUGCCAGAAGCUCAAAAAAAUUCGGCCAGAAAAAACUCUAACAACUCUCAGAAUUCUAACGAAAUAGUAGAUGUGGUUUCAACGGAAGAAAUGGUUUGCGAGUGGGAAGGAUGCGAUCGGAAUUUUUCCACUCAAAAGGCACUAGUUGAACAUGUGUCUACUGCACACAUACAGGCAUCAAAAAUUUUUUGUUGCAAAUGGCGCGGCUGCGACAGGGAAGAAGCAUUUAAGGCUCAGUAUAUGCUGGUUGUUCAUGUUAGACGACAUACUGGUGAAAAGCCUAAUGUUUGCACUUUUGCUGGUUGUGACAAAUCUUAUAGUCGCCUGGAGAACUUAAAAACUCACUUACGGACUCACACUGGUGAACGGCCGUACAAAUGUGAAUUCGCCGACUGUGGGAAGGCUUUUAGCAAUGCUUCUGAUCGAGCGAAACAUCAAAACCGAACACAUUCAGACACCAAACCAUACCAAUGUAUGAUCGACAAAUGUGAAAAGAGUUAUACUGACCCUUCCUCUUUGAGAAAACACAUCAAAACGGUUCAUGGUGAUGAGGCAUACGAAAAUACAAAAAAAGCCAAGCCUGCAAGAAGACGACGUGUAAAUGUUCCAAUUAAUCCUGCUAAUGCUGCCGUAAAGACUGUGACUGAUAACGCAGCAGCAACUAAAGGGAAUAGUGAAGAGGAAACAAAGACACCGGCUCAGUUAGGAGUACGUCCGCCAUAUUUGCAAGAUAUGCUUCUUUCCGCGAAUAAUAGUGCUGUUGCCAGUAUGACACCUUCUGCGGCUCCAACAUCCGUUUUACUUCCAGUACAGCAGAAUUCGCAGAACUGUGAAGCUGAAGAAGGCAGGCUUUUUUUACUUUCUUUUCAGCUGUCUGUCACAUUUGCAGAAGAUGUUGAGGUAGCAGAGGCUUCAACUGAAACGCACCAUCGCAACAAGAAGAAGCGUUUGAAAAAUUCUUUCUCGCAACCACCUGCUGAGAACAUGAAUUACUCAGGAGUACCUGUUCACAUGUCUCAACUACCAGAUUCGAAUAAUUAUGGCAGACAACCGUAUACCAAUUCAAGUUCUGAAACUGAAAUCUCUAAGUCUACUGCAUUGCGGUCUCCGGGAUCUGGUAGUAAUAGAAGCAAUACUAACGGAGGUGGUUCUGCUCGUAGGGAUUUCCGUGUAGAUCGCUUUUUGCAGAACAAAGCAGGAUUUCCCGGGUUUGACGGUGAAGGAAACCUUUGCUAUCAGACUGAUCAGCAUGAGAAUAAUAUGACUAUGCCCUUGGAGUUACACCAAUUUGGUGACAUGAAAAUGGGAAAAGGUAAUAACAACAUGUCUCCUGGCUACCCUAUCAUAUUUAACGAUGAAGCUCGAUCUGGUUCGUUAGAUAAUAUGAACAAUUACAUGAGACCUGCUUUCGCACAUCAUGGUCGUUCACCAGCUCAGUUAGACUACGCUGUUCGCCGUUAUAGCAAUAAGCCGGAAAUCGGAAUGACCCAGCGGUCUGGACAGACUGAUGAGUGGAUUGGUUAUUACGAUAAACAAUAUGAUGACGAAUAUGAUUUCCCACCAGAAGUUUUCCAAGGUCAUGAGGAAGUUAGUGGGGAUGGUGUAGCUGUAGCGACUUCUUCAAUGCAUCACUUUGCUGUACACAAAAAAUAUUCGUCAUGUAGCAGCGCUGAUCAAGCUGAUACUCAAGAAUGGAGUAUACCUAUUGAAAACACUUCUAAUGUUCUUAACACUUCGAACACUGUUGUUUAUCAGAACAGUAAUGUUCAAUAUGACUCUCACUCUCCGCUCAUGACUAAGGUCAAUCCGCCAGUAAGAAAUGACCUUGAUUGUUACGGCUAUAUUAUGAGUGCCCCACAAGCUGCGCCACCGCACUCAGCUCAUCAGUUUAUGGGUGAAACUGUUCACGACGGCUCCUUAGCUACUAUCGUACGCAACAAUCCUACAUCUCAAAUGCCAGUAUCAGAAACGAAUCCAGACUACUAUGUAGAACAGGUCUCAAAUAAUAUGCAGCAAAUGCCAGGCAUUAUUAACGAAAUGCCUGUUCAGCAUCAGUAUUCGUGUAAUUCAAUGCAUCAACCAGCAGUUACUAUGAACAAUUAUGAACAGCAUCAGUACUCAUAUAGUCAUCUGGAUGAAGCCACUGUUUUGGCCGCUUGUUCACAGAUUAUUCCUGCUGAGCCGCUUUACAAAGAGGAACCAUCGUACCAACAUGCGCAGAGCAGUCAGCUGGCUCCAGAACCUGUAGAGCCGUUGCAGUCACAUUAUGAAGGUCAGCUUCCGAACAAUACUGUAUCAGAUGUAUUGGCUGUUCUGAAUAACGCAUCGAACGGCAUGGAUAAUGUUGACGAACUUACUUCGUCAUUCGAAUGUAUUGAGCUGAAAAGUAGCAGUACAACAAGGAAUCAGAAGCAGCUGCGAAAGCAGUAG